AUGACCGGAGGGUUCACCCUGGCUCCGUCCUUCGCUCUGCAGUCGCACAAGAUGGGCUCCUUCCGCAGGCCCCGGCCGCGCUUCAUGAGCUCCCCGGUGCUCAGUGACCUGCCGCGCUUCCAGGCGGCACGCCAGGCUCUGCAGCUCAGCUCCAGCUCCGCCUGGAACAGUGUUCAGACAGCAGUGAUCAAUGUGUUCAAAGGGGGAGGCCUGCAGAGCAACGAACUUUACACCCUCAACGAGAACAUCAGACGGCUGCUGAAGAGUGAGCUGGGAGCCUUCAUCACAGAUUACUUCCAGAACCAGCUCCUUGCCAAAGGCUUGCUGUUUAUUGAGGAGAAGGUUAAGCUGUGUGAAGGUGAGGAGCGCAUCGAUGUCCUCUCUGAGAUCUGGGAUCACUAUUUUACAGAGACUCUGCCUACACUCCAGGCAAUCUUCUACCCAGUCCAGGGCCAGGAGCUGACCAUCCGUCAGAUCGCUCUUCUUGGCUUCAGAGACUUGGUCCUGCUGAAAGUGAAGCUGGAGGAAAUUCUCCCCCUGCUCCAGACAAAGCUCCCAGCUUCCAUUGUCCAGAUGCUGUUGAUUCUGCAGAGUGUCCAUGAACCUGGUGGCCCCACUGAGGGCUACCUGCAGCUGGAAGAGCUGGUCAAGCAGGUGGUCUCCCCAUACCUGGGCUUGUGUGAGGAUCACAGCUUCUCCAGUAGCACCUGCUUGCUUGAGCGGCGCCGCUCCAGGUGCCGCCCGAAGCCCGGGGCGCUGAACUACUCCUCCCCGGCGGCGGCCGGCAGGCAGCCCAGCGAGACGGCCCUGAGCCCACUGACGGAGCAGGAGGGGGAGGCCUAUCUGGAGAAGUGCGGCGGCGUCCGGCGCCACACCGUCGCCAACGCUCACUCGGACAUCCGGCUGCUGGCCGUGGCCUCCGUGAUGCACACGGCCGUGGUGGCCGAGGACGCAGACGGCCCCGACAAACGCGUGCUCCUGCCCCCCAGCCUGAGCCACGGGCGGUGCUCCAGCGAGCCUAGCAUCGCCGACGGGCCGGAGGCGGCGCUGGCGGCGGGCAGGCAGGAGCCUGCGGAGCUGGGCUGCACCUCCGUCGGCUAG